GGAAACAGGAAAGAGUGACCAUAUGGAAGACGUGCACAUAGAGGGCUUUCACGGGAGAAACAGGGUUAAAGACUUAGAUCACGGCUGGGCCUGGGUGGCCUUACUGGCAGGCUUCAUAUCUAUGGCGUUCACGGGUGGAUGUCUGACGGCCGUGGGUAUCAUACAUCUCUACCUACUCCAGGCAUUCGAGGAGAGCGACGCCAAAACGGCCUGGGUCGGAGCAAUGUUUUCGGGUUUACAGAUGCUGGCAGGUCCUAUAGCUGGUGCGAUAAGCAGCAAUUGGAGUUGUCGAACUUCAAUAUUUAUAGGGGGCUUUUUAGGACCGGGGGCUCUAGCUAUAGGAUCACAGACAAGCAGCCUUGGCAUGACUUUCCUCACAAUCGGCAUUUUGGCAGAGCCUCCGCUGUACGUGCCUAUCUCCGUGGACUUGGUAGGCUUGGGGAAUCUAAAUAUGGCCUUGGGCCUUGAGAUGUUUGGCAUAGGUGUCGGGUUCAUCGUUGGACCUCCAUUAGCAGCCUGGGUUCGACAGAUAUCUAACGACUACAAGUAUUCUGUUUACUUAGCAGACGGCAAAAAGGCCUCUCAUCCUCAAGACUAUGAGAAAGCCAGCGAAACUCGUCUCUGA